GCUGCCGCUGCCGGCGCCGCGGCCGCCCGGGUGCCCAACCGAGCGCACGUGCGCCAGCGGGGCCCGAGCAGAAGGGGAGCCCCGGAUCUCGCGAAGAAAAUGGAGAGCGACCCACGGGUUAGGGGUCAGGAAAGGCCUGGGGCGCAUUAUGCCCUGGGAGGGGAAAGCACGGAACAAGAGGCUCUCAGGGACGGAGAAGAAGGAGGGCGGCCCACGAGCUAGGUAAGGCGGGCCAACCUAGGUCUCGGAAGGAAGGGGGCGGGGCAGGACGGGGCGGGAGGGGCCGCGCAGUAGCUGGGCUGUGAGGACGGUUGGCGAGUUCAUUCUGGGCUCGGGUCGGGGAGUGUCCGCCCCUGGAGUCAAGCUGGGGAGGGUGAGAGAUUGAAGGGCGGCGACUUAGGUUCCUAGCUUCUGGCACUGCCAGGCCCUGCACGAGCCUAAGCCCACCGUUGCCCGGUUUCUUCUCAGAGAGCAAGCCCUCGCCCUUCGUGAGCGCCAAAUCCCCGCGCUCCGCCCCGCCCAUCCACUGAGGGGUGUGGGUAGGGGCGUGGCCCGUUCGCUUGCUGAUCGGCGCCCGGAAGGCGUCCGCGUCCGGCGGAGCUCGACGCGGUGACGGUGUGCGUCGACGUAAGUGACGCGCAAGCCUGGGCCGCUCCUCCUUCCCUCAAGCAGCCCGACGGCCAUGGAGGCUGAAGAGACGAUGGAAUGCCUUCAGGAGUUCCCUGAACAUCAUAAAAUGAUCCUCGACCGAUUGAAUGAACAGCGAGAGCAGGACCGGUUUACUGACAUCACCCUAAUUGUCGACGGACACCAUUUUAAGGCUCACAAGGCUGUUUUGGCGGCUUGUAGUAAGUUCUUCUACAAAUUCUUUCAGGAGUUUACCCAAGAACCUUUGGUGGAGAUAGAAGGUGUUAGUAAAAUGGCCUUUCGCCAUUUAAUUGAGUUCACAUAUACAGCAAAAUUAAUGAUACAAGGAGAAGAAGAAGCCAAUGAUGUAUGGAAAGCAGCAGAGUUUCUACAAAUGCUAGAAGCUAUCAAAGCCCUUGAAGUCAGGAACAAAGAAAACUCAGCUCCAUUAGAGGAAAAUACCACAGGAAAAAAUGAGGCCAAAAAAAGGAAGAUUGCAGAAACUUCAAAUGUUAUCACUGAGUCAUUGCCAUCUGCAGAAUCAGAACCUGUUGAAAUUGAGGUAGAGAUUGCCGAAGGCACCAUUGAAGUGGAAGAUGAAGGCGUCGAAACAUUAGAGGAAGUGGCUUCUGCGAAGCAGUCCGUAAAGUACAUACAGAGCACAGGUUCCUCUGAUGAUUCUGCUCUAGCACUGUUGGCAGAUAUUACCAGCAAGUACCGUCAAGGUGACAGAAAAGGGCAGAUUAAAGAAGAUGGCUGUCCAUCUGACCCCACGAGCAAACAGGUAGAAGGUAUUGAAAUUGUGGAACUUCAGCUGUCACAUGUGAAGGACUUGUUCCAUUGUGAGAAAUGUAACCGUUCAUUUAAAUUGUUUUACCAUUUUAAGGAACACAUGAAAUCACACUCCACUGAGAGUUUCAAGUGUGAAAUAUGCAAUAAACGAUAUCUUCGAGAGAGCGCAUGGAAACAGCACCUAAAUUGUUACCACCUUGAAGAAGGUGGAGUCAGUAAGAAGCAAAGAACUGGGAAAAAAAUUCACGUGUGUCAGUACUGUGAGAAACAGUUUGACCAUUUUGGACAUUUUAAAGAACAUCUUCGAAAACAUACAGGUGAAAAACCUUUUGAAUGUCCAAAUUGUCAUGAACGAUUUGCUAGAAAUAGCACUCUCAAAUGUCACCUCACUGCAUGCCAAACUGGAGUAGGGGCAAAAAAAGGAAGGAAGAAGCUCUACGAAUGCCAGGUCUGCAACAGUGUGUUUAACAGCUGGGACCAGUUCAAAGAUCACUUGGUAAUACACACUGGAGAUAAACCCAACCAUUGUACUUUAUGUGAUUUGUGGUUUAUGCAAGGAAAUGAAUUAAGGAGGCAUCUCAGUGAUGCUCACAAUAUUUCAGAGCGUCUAGUAACAGAAGAAGUUCUUUCAGUAGAAACACGUGUGCAAACUGAACCUGUAACAUCAAUGACUAUUAUAGAACAAGUUGGGAAGGUGCAUGUGCUACCAUUGCUUCAGGUUCAGGUGGAUUCAGCACAAGUGACUGUGGAACAAGUCCAUCCAGAUCUGCUCCAGGACAGCCAGGUGCACGAUUCACACAUGAGUGAGCUUCCAGAGCAGGUCCAAGUGAGUUAUCUAGAAGUGGGUCGAAUUCAGACUGAAGAAGGUACUGAAGUACAUGUAGAGGAGCUGCAUGUUGAACGGGUCAAUCAAAUGCCAGUGGAAGUACAAACUGAACUUCUAGAAGCAGAUUUGGACCACGCGACCCCAGAAAUCAUGAACCAAGAGGAGAGAGAGUCUAGCCAAGCAGAUGCUGCUGAGGCUGCCAGGGAAGAUCACGAAGAUGCUGAGGAUUUAGAGACCAAGCCAACAGUGGAUUCUGAAGCAGAAAAGGCAGAGAAUGAGGACAGAACAGCUAUGCCAGUUUUAGAAUGAAAUUACACAUUAAUAUAUUUUUAAAUUUACUUGUUGGGUUUUUGAACUGAUUAUGGGCAGUAUGACUGUCCUUAAGCCUAACAGACAAGUGGACCAAAGUUAAGCUGUUUCCUGUUGUGCUGAACUGUUUCUAUUGAAACACAUUGAUUCCCCUCCCCCUACUUAAUGCCACAGAGGAGGGAUCUUUUCCAUAACUGAAGGGGGGGAGUUUUGAGAAGUAUAUUUCUGGAAACUUAAAUGGAUUAUAUUCUUAUUAUAUAGUUGGGUACGAAUGUAUCUAUUUUCAUUGUGGUAAAAGUUCUUCCUUUUCUCUUUCCCAGGUCAUGUUCUUCCUCAAAUUUUUUCCAUAUUGUAAAAUCAAACUUAAAUCAUUAGAAUACAAGUUUAUGUAUUCUAAUGCAUGUUAGAAAAUUGAAUAAUAUAGGAAACACAAGGCUGCAUGAUGAAAAGUGCAUUGUUACUGUGCAGUUAAAUUUUGGCUUCUGCCUUUCUUUAGUUUGAACAAACGUUCUUGUCUACCCCAGUAGUCACAGAUGCCAUCUCUGCAACAGAAAGAGUGGUGGUGUCAGAAUUUCUAGAAUGUUAAAAAAAAAAAAAAAAAAUCCACACCCAUGUGCCUUCUCAAAACCAACUGAACUUCUAUAAAGCAUCUCUGGUUCUUUCAAAGUUUGUGUUGUAAGGAGCAAUGUAGGUGAUGCUAUAAUACUUUAUAUUUUUGCUUAUAAUGACAACCACCAGUUCUUUUUCACUUAAGUUAGGUUGAGAAAUUUUAUUUAAUGGCCACUGAAGGGCCAUUUUCAAUUGGGAAAAUUUAUUUACAUCUGUGGUAAACUUUAUUUUGAUGAAAAGUUGCACUAGUAUAUUACCACCAGAUGAAAAAAAGAUGAGCAGCAUUUAAAAAUUAAUGUAUUUAAAAUAAAGUACAGAGAAAGACAUGUAUAUAAUUAUCAGGCUUUGUUUUGAAUGGAAUCUUUUUCCCCGAUCCUUAAUGUAAAGAUCUUGUGCUAUAACUUUUAAAGCCAUACAAAUAAGAGUGCUAAACUGUGGACUUAAAAGUAGGUGUGUAAAUAUUUUUAAUCAGUAUUACUUGGAAAAUAAAAUAUAACAAACACAUAAA